AGAACAUGUGCGGCGGCUUCUACAAGGCCCUGGUAGCGUUUAAGUUGCAAGGCAAGAUCCGCAUGCCGCAGUCGGAGUUCGAUAAUGAAGCGGUUCGGUACAAACACCGUUUCGCCCCUCUGUCCGUAUUCGCUCCGCCGCUAGUCCACUACCACGAGUUUUGUGAAAUGACACAGCCGUUACAGUAUGAGAAUCCAGCGAUACUGUAUCUCGGUGGCUGUAAACAUUUUCAACAAGCGAGAACCUUGUUGGAAACCAUAACGACGCCUGAUCAGGAAAUAACAGAUCUUCUGAAAGUGGCCAAAACGAAUUUCGUCGUAUUAAAAUUGUUAGCCGGUGGUCAUAAAAAGGUCGACCACUCCGCCAGAAUUUGAUUUUUCAGUUCACAGACAUUUUCCUAUAAUCAAAUUGGUGUAAUUGUAAUUAAGAUUAAAAGAUCUUCCAUUUUGUACAAUAAAAUAUUAUGUUGUAAGGUGUUAUAGAUUUUUCAAUGAAUUUCAAAUAUAUUUCAAAAUAUCAAGGUAUAGUGCCAUCUAUCAGCUUGCCACCACAGCGACGAAUAUAGUGGGUAAACAGAGAGAUAUUCAAGGCGGUUACAGCAUAAAAAUUUGACGUUGUCAUAAUUGAAAUCAGAAAUAACACGUAUGGUCCGUCUCUACUCAGGGACAUCUGAUGGUGUUAAGAUUAUUUGCUCACAAUGACGGAAAUUUAUAGUCUUAUUUUAGGUUGCUCUGCGGUAUUUUUCUGCAGAUCCGACUCGACAGUCCUAUUUCUGAUUGAGGUUAAUGUAUCGACUUUCAUUUUGUUAAACUCCUCAAACCUCCCCUUAAUAACGGUUAUCAAAGCCUCUAAACAAAUAAAUAGAAAAAAUAAUGGUUAUAAAAUUUGAGGAAUGAAGUUAGUAGCGUAACCCUAACACGUGUCUCUCUCUGUCGCGAAAAUGGACCAAUCAGAACAAAGUUAUUUUGACAUGUUUACAAGUGACUUAUUUUGAUUGGUGCAUUCUUGGAACCGGAUUAAAGAUUGAGAUUGGGAUAGUUUAUUGAAAACGGCCGUUAGUAUUAUGAUGUAAUAAUCGAAUAUUAAUAAAAGAUUUUUAAAAAUUGUGUGCUGUUUUAUAGCUUGGCUACCAUAUUUUUGCGUUUGAACAUAUAAUUAAAUGGAAUUUAUGCACAUAGUAAUGUAUAUUUUAGUAUUGCCUAAUAAGGCAAAACUAGUGUGUUAUGAGUGGAUGUAUCUUUUUGUAAAAUAUUAAAUGAUAAAUAUACUUAUUUUAGUAUAAUAUUGAGGUAACCGAUAACUAGAUUCUGACGUAUGUAUAGAUUUUCUCUAUGAAUUUAAAUACAAAAGUAUUGAGAAGUUUUGUAUGUAGUUUCAGUGUAGCAUCGAAUUGUGCAAUAAAUGUAUUGAAAUAU